UAAAUCUCUUAAAGUGGUUGUUAACGCUCAAGGUUUUUUACCUUCAUGCAUUCUAUGCAUGAAGGUAAAAAACCUUCUGUGUGCAAAUGUGCCCCCACCCCCUCAAUACUUACCUGAGCCCCAUCGCGAUCCAGCGAUGUGAAUGUCUCAGCUGUUCCGGAUCUCUGCCUCCUCAAUCCACGGCUCCAUGUGUUAAUGGACAAACAGAGCAGCGGGUGCCCCCAUAGCAAGCUGCUUGCUGUGGGGGCACCCAACAGGAGGGAGGGGCCUGGAGAGCCUGUGGGGAACCCAAGAAGAGGAGGAUCCAAGCUGCUCUGUGCAAAACCACUGCACACAGUAGUUAAGUAU